CGCCAGCAGACGGAUCGCUACCUGAGCCUCCUCAAUGACCCUCUUUGCUGCAAGUCUAGGCGAAGGGGUCGGUUCGUGGCUUCCUGAUAUUAUAGAAAGGAAUUGCAGCCUGAGGCCACAAUUCUAUAUGUUCAUUUUCCAGCCAUGAAUCAGCCUGAGCAGUAAGGACAACGGCGCAUUCCCUUGCUCCACCAAGCAAACCAGUCCAAUCCCUGCAAAACAUCACACACCAACCACUUUACUACGUAGCUGCGGGAUGCUCCAGGUCGUCAAAUCGUCCAAUACUGGAAAGAUUUACAUGGGAGAAGCCGGCCAUUCGAUUUCGAAAAUAGCAACAGGUGGUCGUCUGGGAAGCGCUUAGGUAGCAAGAGACGUAAAACACAAUACAGGACAAACAAUUGGGCACAACGAACCUGAUGCAUCUUUUUUUUUUUAUUAGUUAGUUGUGCUUUUCCCUGUCUGCCUACUUUGAUCACCGAUUGACCAAGGCAGCACCAGGACCAACCGCUCCAAAUUUCCAUCCUCAUCCCUGUUCUGCCGUGCCUCUUUGGCGUCCAGCCUUGAUUUCCACCAGCAAUUGAGCUGUCGCUUUAGAAACUUUUUUUUUAAACUUGGUUUCUGCGCACUUUGUUUUAAUCCUUUGCAUUGCACCCUAGAUCCCAGCUGCCAUUGCACUCAACACAAAAAUAAACCAAAAAAACGACAAACGCAGUGAUCAAAACCCGUCCGACAAUUGACAUUGGCCGACCGACCGAACGAAUGCAAGCGGGCUACUAGCCCAAAGAUAGCCCUUUUCUCCGCCUCCUUUUCCGCCCGCCUUGGCCGCUCAGGCUCAAGCGACCAUGACUCGCCCCGAAAUCAUUCGCGCCGACUCGAUUGAUCUUCAGGAUCACGAAGCACCCUCAGCCAAGAAUCACCCGCGUCAUCCCCCAGCCCAGUCUAGCCAACCGACGAGCGCACUCGCGCCCCAUCAAGCCGAGACUCUAAGAGAGGUUGCCGCCGAGAGCGCAGAGGAGAACUCUCGUAGCCCACGCGUGUCUUGGAACUCUGGGGUCGACUCGGGAGAUUUCGAACCGCACGCUGAAGAUCUAGUCGCCGGCGUGUCCGGAUCAUUCGAGGGCGCCUCUUCAGGCAGGAGCAAGAUGCAGCAGCAAGAUGCGCUCGCAAUCGCGCAAAACGGCGGCAAUGACCUCUUGGAAGAUGACAUAGACCCUGAUGGCGACGAGGACGACGACAUGGACAAAAUUUCGAGUUCUCCCUCGAUCGAAGAUGGUGGGUACCCAGUUUCGCCGGCCACGCCUUGCACACUUCCAAAAACGUCCUCCCUGGGUAGUCUUCCAGGGCCGACGGCCCAGAACGACGACGCAAGGUCGUCAUCUCCGUAUCUGGAAACUCCCGAGCAUAUGCCUAUAACAUUUACCGCGCAGAAGAACAGUCAUCGUCGUCAGGCCGAGGGUGAGUAUGAAUGCGGAGAUGGCAGUCAGUAUGAAUGCUGGUCAGUAGACCGAGGACAGAAAGUGGACUAUGCUCGCGAAGAUUAUUGGGACUAUUUUGAAGGACGGAAUUCUACCCAGGAGUCCGAAUCCCCUCAGUCUUGUGUCAGUGGUCAACUCCACGACUGCCCUGACCAGUCUGGGUCCAGCGCGCACUUUAUUGAAACACGAGGAGACCAUCUAGCAGUGGCCCACAGCAUCUCGGAGGACGGUGAUGACGACGAUGACUUCUAUUCCUACCAAUCUGACCCCCGUUAUUGUGAUUCUGGCUGGAGCUCGGAAUGCUUACAAGAUACAGAGGACAUUGAUUUCGAAUUCGUGUACGCGCUUCAUACAUUUGUGGCCACUGUCGAAGGGCAAGCAAACGCAACCAAGGGUGACACUAUGGUGCUUUUGGACGACAGCAACAGUUAUUGGUGGCUCGUCCGAGUCGUCAAGGACAGCAGCAUCGGUUAUCUCCCCGCCGAGCACAUUGAGACGCCUACCGAAAGACUAGCUCGGCUGAACAAGCACAGGAACAUUGAUUUGUCCGCAACCAUGCUCGGAGAUCAGAUGGAGAAGACAAAGAAUCCCAUCAAAUCUGCCAUGAAGAGAAGGAAGACCAAGACUGUGGCCUUCGCGGCGCCAACUUUCCAUGACUACUCGGACAUUGACUACUCAACGGAAGAGGAGGAUCCAGAAAUGGAUUACUACAUUAGGCAACAGCAGGCGCAGCAGCAACAAGAGCAGCAGCAGCAGCAGCAGGAACAGCAACAAGCACAACAAAAUCAACAGCAACAGCAGCAAUUGCAGCAGGUGGUCGCCACGCAAGCAGCCAACGAAGAAGAGCCCAGCCGUGCUGAGGCCGCAAAGAGCAGACAGCAAAAGGAUAUCAGGGCCGUUGAGCCUGUCAUAGAUGAAGCCGACAACGAUUUGGCUGUGGGAGGCAGGACCAGUGAAGAUAUCUUUGAAGCCUCCAAGUCCAUAACGCCUGGGCCGACCAAGACAAAAGACGGGACCGUCAGAGACUCGUUCUUCAAGGAUGACACGGUUGAGACCAAGAAGAUUACGCUGACACCCAAUCUGUUGCGAGACGAUGGAGGUCCGAGAACAUCAUCGGAUUCUAAAGACUCAAAGCAAAGGCCAAGUCUGGACAAACUGGAGAAAGAUGGUAUCCUUGGCAAGGACGACAAGAAAAAGAAGGACAAGAAAGAGAAAGAGAAGAAGCCCAGUGCCAUCCGGAGUUUCUUCUCGAGAGGUGGCAAGAAGAAGUCCGUUGAUGAGGAUGACGACCUGUCAUUGGGCAAACGGUCAAUGGAGGCUAUUUCAGAAAGCCAAGGCAACGAUGGCGAGGAGAUUGACGAAGCUCAAUCGCCAGAGAAGUCCACGGCCCCGGCGCGUAACCCCAGCAAGCUCCAGAAGCAGCCCCGGACCGAGCCGUCUCCGACGCGCAAGCCGGGCUCUGCGUCACGCGAGACAUCCAUUGACAGCUAUAACGAAACCAGGGCCAACAACGUGGCCAACGUUCCGCCAGCUACCAUGCGUAUUGUCGAAUCUGACGUGCAGGAUAGCCGAGAUAUGGCAGCAAAGACUGCCAAUGCGCCACCGGACAGUUCAAAGGGGCCCAAGUCGAAGAGAGAACCAAAGUCGGCCGUGUCCAAGGUUAUGCCAUCCAGGAUGCAAACACCCGAAGCCAAACCACAAAAGGCAACCAAGGCAAAAGCCGGGCCCGGGCCUGAUGUUGUGGCUCCUGCAGAAGAUGUGGUUGCAGCAGAGGUUGUCAGAAAAGGCUCUACGUCUUCUGAUACAAAUGUCGCCGGGGGGACUGCACGUCAACCACCAAAGGCAUCUGUAUCUCAAGAAGAUGCUCAGAAUGUGCAGGUUGGUGCUUUGGCACGUGAUGGUAUGACGGAGUCACCCAUACAGACGACCGCGGAGACAUCAAACAAUCCUCCGGCCCUCAUGGGUGAUACCUCUAGCCAGGAGGACCAUUCAUCCCCGAUAUCUUCACCAUCACCAGAGCUUGAUGGAGACGAAGAUAGUGGGCGGAGGCAUCGCAAGGACGACUCGGUCACAACAUCAACAUCGACCGCUAGUGCCGCAUGGAACGACGCCAGCUUACGUGCCUAUUUCGACUCGGGCACGGAAAUUCGCGACAUGCUUACUCUCAUUUAUGAUAAGACAGAUGUUGCUCCUGUAGGCCCAGACCAUCCAAUUGCUGGUAGCUUGUUCCGGGAACAGAACGCGAAACUAGCAGAGAUAACGACGCAACUGGACAAUAUGCUCGGCGACUGGCUUGCACGAAAGCAAAGACUCAGAGGUGCUGCAUAG